CCAUGUAAAGGCCACCGGACUUGUGACGAGCAUGCACACAGCCUCUAUGGCACUACGUCCUAUUUUCUAUUAGAUCACCCUGUCUCUCGCGCCCUGCUUAUCGGAUCCUCCGUCUACCCCUCUGGUAGGUCCUGUCAACGAUUUCCGUGAAAUGGAAUAAGUUCUGUUGCUUUAUGAGUUUACAGUCCAAAAUUGCCUCGGAAGCGACGAUGGCCCUUAUCCAGCGACAAGAUCAGGCAUCAUUUCUGCAUGGCAGGAGCUCAUAGAGCAGACGGGGCCAUCUAACGCGGUAGUCAUCUACUAUUCCGGCCAUGGAGGUCUUCCCGAAGCCGACGGACCGGAACCGAGCAAUCAACAGCGCAGGCUGCAGUAUCUCGUUCCGGUUGACUUCGAAGAAACGAAGGAUGGAGACUGGAGAGGCAUAUCGGAUGCAGAGAUAACGGAUCUGCUAUCUCAGACUACGCAAAAGACCAAAAAAUGACUAUCAUCCUCGACUGUUGUCACGCCGCACAUAUGGCGCGGGGCCCUACCUCGGUCAAAACCAUCGAUCCCAACAAUUACCGACAUGUCAUGUCACAUAUCAAGAAAAUACUGCCGGGGUUGCUGUCCAGGAACGACUGGCAUUAUGAGCGCAACCCAUACGUCAUCUCGGUCGUCGGCGCGGCAAUUUCCGAAUCCGCCUUUGAGAAGCAAUUCGAGAACGGUGAGAGCAUGGGAGUUCUAACGGAAGGACUCUCGGACACGCUAAGGGCUUCCGUCGACUCGGGCUUGUCGUGGCGGGAUGUCAUGCGCCGAGUGCGUGACCGCAUGUCACGGACCUGCCCAGAACAUAGAUCCACGAAGACUACAUAGAACCGUAUAGGAUGUCCAAAUCUUAAUCUCUUCAGUAUUAG